CGGUGAUCCGGAGGGCAGAGGCCGCCCUGACUGGCUGCUCUUCUUGUCAGCCUGGUUCCUUCGCGCGGAGCAGCCAGUGAGGAGCCGGCCGGGCCCUGCGCGCAGAAGGGCCGACUCGACCUGGUUUCCUUCACGUUACCUUUUUUUUUUUUUUUUUUUCCUCUGCGGUGCCGAGCCUUCUGGAACGUGGUUGUGGCCCUUGGCUUCUUUCAACGGCCCGUUUGCAGGGGUCUCAGCUGCUGAGCCAGGGGCCCCAGACCCCUGCCCGGGAGGUGAUGGCGGGGCAUGACAUCACCAGCAUUUCACCCGCCUGGCGUGUGUGAAAGAAGUUAUUUCCUCUGGGAUUGCCUCGUGUGUGGUGCUUUUUAGCUCUCCUGCUUGUCAUCUCCUUUGCCAGGUUGACUGGGAGGUGUUAGCGCCGUUUCCCAGAUGCAUCACUGUAAGCGCUACCGCUCCCCUGAGCCAGACCCGUACCUGAGCUACCGCUGGAAGCGGAGGAGGUCCUACAGCCGCGAGCACGAGGGGAGGCUGCGGUACCCGUCCCGGAGGGAGCCUCCGCCCCGGAGAUCUCGGUCCAGAAGCCACGACCGCCUGCCCUACCAGCGGAGGUACCGGGAGCGCCGUGACAGCGACACGUACCGGUGUGAAGAGCGGAGCCCGUCCUUCGGGGAGGACUGCUACGGGUCUUCGCGCUCCCACCAUCGGCGGCGGUCACGGGAGAGGGAGCCGUACCGGACCCGCAAGCACGCCCACCACUGCCACAAACGCCGCACCAGGUCUUGUAGCAGCGCCUCCUCGAGAAGCCAACAGAGCAGUAAGCGCAGCAGCCGGAGUGUGGAAGAUGACAAGGAGGGCCACCUGGUGUGCCGGAUCGGCGAUUGGCUCCAAGAGCGAUAUGAGAUCGUGGGGAACCUGGGUGAAGGCACCUUUGGCAAGGUGGUGGAGUGCCUGGACCACGCCAGAGGGAAGUCCCAGGUGGCCCUGAAGAUCAUCCGCAACGUGGGCAAGUAUCGGGAGGCCGCGCGGCUGGAGAUCAACGUUCUCAAGAAAAUUAAGGAGAAAGACAAAGAGAACAAGUUCCUGUGCGUCCUGAUGUCCGACUGGUUCAACUUCCACGGUCACAUGUGCAUCGCCUUUGAGCUCCUGGGCAAGAACACAUUUGAGUUCCUGAAGGAGAAUAACUUCCAGCCUUACCCCCUGCCACACGUCCGGCACAUGGCCUACCAGCUCUGCCACGCCCUUAGAUUUCUGCACGAGAACCAGCUGACCCACACAGACUUGAAGCCGGAGAACAUCCUGUUUGUGAAUUCCGAGUUUGAAACCCUCUACAAUGAGCACAAGAGCUGUGAAGAGAAGUCGGUGAAGAACACCAGCAUCCGCGUGGCUGACUUCGGCAGCGCCACCUUUGACCACGAGCAUCACACCACCAUCGUGGCCACCCGUCACUAUCGCCCCCCUGAAGUCAUCCUAGAGCUGGGCUGGGCACAACCUUGCGAUGUCUGGAGCAUCGGCUGCAUCCUCUUCGAGUAUUACCGGGGCUUCACACUCUUUCAGACCCACGAAAACCGAGAGCACUUGGUGAUGAUGGAGAAGAUCCUCGGGCCCAUCCCGUCACACAUGAUCCACCGGACUAGGAAGCAGAAAUACUUCUACAAAGGGGGCCUGGUCUGGGAUGAGAACAGCUCUGACGGCCGCUACGUGAAGGAGAACUGCAAACCUCUGAAGAGCUACAUGCUCCAGGACUCCCUGGAGCACGUGCAGCUGUUUGACCUGAUGAGGAGGAUGCUAGAAUUUGACCCUGCCCAGCGUAUCACACUGGCGGAGGCCCUGCUGCACCCCUUCUUUGCCGGCCUGACCCCAGAGGAGCGGUCCUUCCACACCAGCCGCAACCCGAGCAGAUGACAGGCGCAGGCCCCACCUGAGGAGACGGGGAGCGGGACUGGGCUGCCCGGCCCUUUUCUCCCACCUCUGCCGACGGGCCCCAGGGCCGGAGCCGCCCGCCGGACAGUGCAAUGUGAAGGCAGGCAGGCGCCUGCGGGGGAGGGACGCGAUGCCCGGCUGCCAGAAAGCACAGAUUUGACCCGAGCUAUUUAUAUGUUGUAAAGUUAUAAUAAAGUGUUUCUUACUGUUUGUAA